AUGUCUGCUGGAGUUUUUCAUGUGAAGCACCAUUUGGCAGGAACAUCUAAAGAUGUUGAACCAUGUAUAGCGGUGCUCGAUGAAGUAAAAACUAAGAUGUUGAAUCUUCUUAUUGGAGCACAAGGAGGAAAAUUAUUGAACAAAGAUUUAGAGUGCAAUAUGCAAGAAGUACAAGAGGAAGUUGUUACUGGUGGCUCCGAUAUUUUCAAGAAAAGUAGAACAUCUCAUCCUAUUACCCUCAAUAGCAUAUUCAAGAAGAACCUGAGGGAGGAGGCAUGUCUUGACAUUUGUACUGCUAUGUAUAAUAAUGAAAUUCCUUUCAAUUUUGUGAAUAUCGAUGAUUUCAAAAAGAUGUGUGAAUCAAUUGCUAAGCAUGGACCGGGUUUCAAGCCACCAUCUUAUCAUGAGUGUAGAGUGAAAUACUUGAAGCAAAAAUAUGAUAUGACAAUGGCUGUUGUUGAAACACAUAAGGCUCUAUGGAAGAAAACUGGAUGCACAAUAAUGACUGAUGGAUGGACUGAUAAAAGAAGAAGAACAAUAAUCAACUUUUGUGUGCAUAGCUUUAUGGGAAUUGUGUUCCUUAAGUCCAUUGAUGCUUCUCACAUCACCAAAAUAGUUGACAAGAUUUUUAAGAUGAUUGAUGAAGUGGUACAAGAGAUUGAUGAAGAAAACGUUGUCCAAGUUGUGACAGAUAAUGCUGCAAAGUAUAAAGCUGCUGGGCCUUUGUUGAUGGAGAAAAGAAAGAAAAUGUAUUGGACACCUUGUGCUGCUCACUACAUUGAUUUGAUGCUAGAAGAUUUAGAGAAGAAAAUACCCCUUCAUAAAGAUACAAUUUAUAAGGGGAAAAAAUUACAACUUAUAUCUAUUCAAGAACAUCUCUCAUUUCAAUAUUGCACAACUUCACCAGUGACAAAGAUUUGA